AUGACUCAUUAUUAUGUCAUAUGUAUACACGAGCAUCUGAUCCGGAGUCGCUUGAUACGUGCUGAAUUUCACAUGAUCGUUCGUCCGGUCCGUGUUCUCCAAGCUGCGAGGAUGAUCUCCACGCUUGUUGGGCAGAGUGGUCGCGAGUACAACCUCCAAAAAGUGCUCCAACGGCACCCUAAGAAGCCUGAACUUAGCGUCUGCCUUGCGCUCUGUGACAAGACGCCCUACGUCGUGAAGCCUGUCUCAGAGUCCAUCUUGGAGCAUCUGCAAGAGUUUCGAGCCGAGUUUGAAAGUCAUCCCCGUCUUCGCAUUCAUGUUGACAAGAUCGAAAAAGAGAGCAUUCUUGUUUACGAAUACUUCAAAACUGAUUUGCUCGCAUUGGUAGAGAAUUACCCUCCUCUUCCGUUGACAGCGAGGAAGAAGAUAUUGAAGGGGAUUGGAAACACACUUGCUGAAAUGCAUGAGAAGAAUUGGAUCCACCUAGACCUGAAACCGGACAAUAUCUUCCUGAAUUGGUACGUGGACUCGAACGACGAAUUUCAUCUAGAAAAGGUAGUCUUGGGCGACAUGGACUGCGCGUUAAAAUUAAAGGGCGAGAAACUACUGAACUACAAGAUUGGAAACGUCAUGUGGCGUAGUCCGGAAGGACAACUAGGAAGAGGCGUAGGAAAGCCUUCUGAAGUCUUCUCCUUUGCUCUCUUAUGUCUCUACGUCAUUACGGGGGUGCAGUCAUUGCACUUCAACUUCGCAGAGCUUGACACUGAGCCUGAGGUAGUAGUUUUGUUAAAACUACUUUCGACCUUUGGCCCGCUACCAGAUGCACUUACAAAGCAUGUCGAUGAUGCGAAGGCUGGUGAGCUUCUCACCAAUUUAUGGCAAACAGUGAAGGAGAAUGACGUAAAUGGACAUUUCGCGGAUUGGACAGAGGAUGUGUUUCCUAACCUCACGGACGAAGUAAAGAGGUUAAUCUUAAGGAUGACUAAUCUCGAUCCAGCUAAGAGAGCAACGAUGUCAGAGAUUGUCAAGGAUAGUUAUUGGGUCGAAGAUGAGAAGUCUUAA